AUGUCACGGUUUCCCACCAGCGAAAAGGACAAAGAAAAACCAGGAGCCAAGGCAAAGACCCGCUCCUCCCGUGCUGUUCCAGUCCAGUUCCCAGAUGGCCGUGUUCACAGGCUGCUGCGCAAAGGAAACUAUGCGGAGCGUGUCGGUGCCAGCGCCUCCGUCUACCUGGCGGCUGUGCUGGAGUAUCUGACCGCUGAGAUCCUGGAGUUGGCUGGAAACGCUGCCCGCCACAACAAGAAGAUCCAUAUCAUCCCCCGUCACCUGCAGCUGGCUGUCCGCAACGAUGAGGAACUCAACAAGCUGCUGGGCAGAAUCACCAUUGUGAAGUUAAGAAACGGCUCUAUUAAACUUUUAACGGGUCUGUAUUAGCCUACACAUUUAAACGACUGGUGUGAUGGUGCGUUGCACUGACAGGAGAUGCCUGGUACGUGCUGUCUAGGGCUGUCAAAAAAAAAAUUUGAAGUUCGAAAUAUAUUCGAAUUUAUUUUUUUUAAAGUUCAAACCUAAAUUUGAUAAUUCGAAUAUCAUUAAUAAUUAAUGAAUACUAUUAAUAAUGUUGUAUAUCACGGCGAAUCCCGUUCGGGCAGAGAUGGCUUGCGCACAAGCCGGGCCAGAGAGGGAAGCAGAGAAGGCCAACAUCACCCACUGCGCUGUCUGCGAUGUGUGACCUGUUCGGGGAGACAUACAAGGAGGGUGUUGCACCUGCUGCCUCCCUGCCUACCCUUUUUGAAGAAGAGAUGAAACGUUACCAGAAUGAGACACCACUACGAGCCGACCAGGA